AUGACCUCUUUGUUCCACCAUUUCUUCCUUUUCUUAACCAUUACCUGUGUUACCAACCUCGUUACUGAAGUUAACAUCAACUGUAUUGAAGAGCAGCAAGUAUCACUACUCAAUUUCAAGAAAAGUCUUGUAUAUGAAAUUAAGCCUCCUUCCCCCAGGCUUAUUACAUGGAAUUCAAGUACUGAUUGCUGCUCUUGGCUUGGUGUUACUUGCAGCAUUAAUGGAUAUGUUGUCGGACUUGACCUCAGCAGAGAGUUUGUUUCAUGCAACAUUGACAAUUCCAGCAGUCUCUUCCAACUUCAAUAUCUCCAAUCUCUAUCUGUGAUUCACUUGGAUUAUAACUACUUCAAUUCUUCAGUUCCAAGAUCCUUUGCCAGUUUCUCAAACCUGACUUCCUUGAGUCUCUCUCAUUGUAACUUGUUGGGAACAUUUCCCAAAGAGAUCUUCCUUAUUCCUUCCCUUGAAGCUAUUGAUCUUUCUGGUAAUCUAGAACUUGGUGGUUCCUUUCCUGAGUUUCCAAGGAAUAGGACAGAACUCUCAACCAUAUCUCUUUCACGUUGCAAUUUCUCUGGAUCUCUAACCAAGUCAUUUGAAAACCUCACACAUUUGGUUGAGCUGGACAUCUCAUGGAACAACUUCAACAGUCCUAUCAGUUCUAUUCACUGGGAAGCCCUUGUUAAUCUGAAAAGCCUCGACUUCAGCAACAAUCAUUUCAACGGAAGCAUUCCAUCAUCUAUUGUUUCUCUUCCCUUGCUGGGGGGAUUAUCACUUUCCAAUAAUAAUUUCGCUGGUAAAUUCCCUGUCCUUUCCAAUACAUCAUCCGUGUCACUUCGCAACCUUCUUUUGGGAAAUAAUAAUUUGGAGGGAGAAAUCCCAACAUCCAUAUUUAAUCUUCAAGGGCUUAUGAAUCUCGAUCUUUCUUCAAAUAACCUUAGUGGCUUCCCUUUUACUAUUUUGCAUUUGGCUUCCAACAAAUUUGGGGGAUUACCAGAAUUCUUGAAAAAUCAAUCCACACUUUGGCAACUAGACCUUUCAAGAAACCAGAUUUCAGGCCACAUACCUAAUUGGAUUUGGAGGCUCACUUCCCUUAUAAUCCUAAAUCUUUCUUUUAACUCCAUUGUAACUCUAGAACCUCUUCUUCCUAAUUCUACUUCUACUAUCCUAACUAUCUUCACCUUGAUUGACUUCUCCUUCAACAACUUAAGCGGAUCGAUACCUAAGGAAAUCGGAGAGAUGAAAGCAUUGAUUGUUCUCAACUUAUCUGGUAAUGCUUUCACAGGCGAAAUCCCGUCAUCUUGUGGAAACAUGAGAAGCCUCGAGUCCUUAGACCUCUCACAGAACCGCCUAAGCGGCCACAUUCCCCAACAGUUGGCAACUCUCAAUUUCCUUUCGGUUUUGAAUGUCUCAAAUAAUCAACUGGUGGGCAAAAUACCAACUAGCACUCAGAUUUCGACAUUUCCAAAAAUUUCCUUUGAAGGAAACAAAGGAUUAUGGGGGCCUCCUUUGACAUCAGAUACACCAGUCUCGCCACCAAAUGGAAGUUCAAGCAACCAGAAACCCAAAGAUGAGAUUGAUUGGGACAUUAUCAGCAUUGAAGUUGGAUUUACAUGUGGAUUUGGAAUCGCCAUAGGUUCACUUUUGUUUUGCCAAAGAUGGAGGAAAUGGUAUUACAAAGUAAUGUGCAACAUUCUUUUGAAGAUAUUCCCUCAGCUUGAACAAAGAUUUGGUAGUCAUAGAAGACAUGUUUACAUAAACACAAGGUGGAGGCUUUGA